CAGAAGUUGACCACGAGGCUCUUUCUUUUUCAGGACAAUAUGGGGAUCCAACAUGAAAUGUGCGUUGGGCUUAAAAAGGGGAAGAAGGUUACCCCCAUUGCUAAGAAAACCAGACCCUCCUCCAUGAAAGGGAGGCUUGGGAAGCGAGUAAAAUUUGUUCGAGAGAUUGUGAAAGAGGUUUGCGGGUUGGCACCUUACGAGAAGAGAAUGGUCGAGUUAUUAAAGGUCCAGAAAGAUAAGAGAGCUCUCAAAUUUGCCAAAAGGAGGCUGGGAACUCAUCGUCGUGCUAAAAAGAAGAGAGAAGAAAUGCAGAAAUAUCUCCAGCAACUAAGAAAAGCUCAGCACGCAGCCGGCACAGCUGCAGCAAGUGGUACAUCUUAAACACCUGUUGUUUAGACACCAUUAAUAAUAUUAUUAUUGAUAAUACUUUUGAAAUUAUAAAAAUGAUAAAUGACUUGAGAUCUGAUUCUAAUAGUAUGUAAUGUACAUAAUAUUGAGUGUAUUUCUUAAUUUGUUUGUGGUAGUUGCUAAGAUAUGUUCUUACAGAGAUAAGAAUUGUUACUGGUG